CGGGACGCGGCCACCUCGGGCCACUCCCGCCAGUCCCCGUUGCCCCCUCCGCCACGCCCAGGCAGCCGACCCCGACCCGGGACCCGGGGCGCAAGAUGGCGACAGCCGCGUGACCCAGCCGGUGAGCGCCCCCAAACCCGGCUGCGCCGAUGACUUUGGGGGUGGAGACGCGGCGAGGGCUGAACUCUGACGUCUCGGUCCCUGUGCCGCUCUCGGGCCAACCUGCGAGGUUGAGCGUUGUGCCGGAGCGUCGCGAGCCACGGCAGUGAUUCUGCUGGAAGACGGUGCCGCGGCAUGGACGUGAACCCCCAGAGAGCUCUGUUGGUCUGGGGGAUACCAGUGAACCGUGCCGAGGCUGAAAUUGAAGAGACCAUUCAGGCCGGGAUGCCCCACGUGCCCCAUCGGGCUCUUGGAAGAAUGUUCUGGAGGGAGGAGAAUGCGAAAGCAGCCCUGAUAGAGCUCACUGGCGCUGUCGAUUAUGCCUUGAUCCCUAGGGAGAUGCCAGGCAAAGGCGGGGUCUGGAAGGUGGCCUUUAAGCCCCCCACUUCCGAUGCUGAGUUCUUGGAGCGGCUGCAUCUCUUCAUCGCUAGAGAGGGCUGGACCGUGCAAGAUGUUGCCCGUGUUCUGGGGUUGCAGAACCCUGCUCCGGCCCCAGGCCCAGAAUUGCCAGCAGAGAUGCUCAGCUACGUUUUGGAUACUGUUCUCCAGCCUCUCCUUGAGUCUGUCUGGUACAAGAAGCUGACACUGUUCUCGGGAAGGGACAUCCCGGGGCUGGGAGAGGAGACCUUUGAACCCUGGAUGGAGCACACCAGCGAGGUUGUGCGGGACUGGCAGGUGCCCGACGCGGAGAAGAGGCGCCGGCUGAUGGAGAGCCUGAGGGGCCCCGCCGCGGACGUCAUUCGCAUCCUGAAGACCCGCAACCCAGCCAUCAGCACCGCUGAGUGCCUCAAGGCCCUUGAGCAGGUGUUUGGGAGUAUGGAGAGCUCCAGGGACGCGCAGGUCAGGUUUCUGAACACUUACCAGAACCCAGGAGAAAAGUUGUCUGCUUAUGUCAUCCGCCUGGAGCCGCUGCUGCAGAGAGUGGUGGAGAAAGGGGGCAUUGAUAAAGACAAGGUGAACCAGGCCCGCCUAGAGCAGGUCGUUGCAGGGGCCACCCACAGCGUAGCCCUCCGCAGGCAGUUGUGGCUGGCGGGGGCUGCAGAAGGGCCGGCCCCUAACCUCUUCCAGUUGUUGGUGCGAAUCCGGGAGGAGGAGGCCAAGGAGGUGGAGGAGUAGGCCGAGGCCUGGCUCUUACAGUUAGGCGUGGAAGGGCCUUUCUGAGGCCCAGCAGAAGGGACUUCAGUUCCGACUUGGAUCACGUAGCUGCUUUCCUUGUCCCUGUGGGUCUUGAAGGAGUGCCCCUGAGCAGGAAAGACUCCUUUGUUCCUUUUUUAGUUUGGUUUGUUUUGGGGGGCUGGGGUAUCAGGUCGGCAUAGUUAUUAGCUUUUGGAAAAUUGUACAAACAAGCAGCAGGAGCUGGCGCAAUACAAAUGGAGCAGGAAGGUAGAAAUGCCACAGAAAGGUUUGGACACUGUGUUGGGUGCUAGCCGCUGUCGUGGUGUCAUCAUCAGUGGCAAAAAAAUGUGACUCGGAUGAGUCCCAUCCUGAUCAUUCAGUGUGAAGCUGCAUGUCCAGAUGGUCAGUGCACGCCUGACUUACAGGAAGUGUUCGAUAAAAAUGUGAACUAGUUGUAUUUGUUACUAAUGAUGUGAAUAGUUUGUGUUAUUGUAAAUUGCUCUGGUUUAUAUUACUGGAAAGAAAUAUGGAAUUACUAAAUAA